GUUUGCUGGAAAUCCCCCACCAAGUGGCUUUCGCUCCACCCCUGCAGUCCGGCGCAGCCACUGGCACUCCACGCACACGGGCCAUUAACUUCGUCGACGCGGACAAACAAGCCAGCGCACAAUCCUCGCCGACCAUGGCCCUCCACAGGAGACCUGGAACAAACCAGAUGGACUACAACCAGGAAUCCAAGGAAGGGAAGCCGUCGACAGACGAGCGUCUCGACAGCGGCGUGGACUCCCUGAAAGAGGAGGACUACCAGGUUGUGGCGGAGGACAUCUUUCGUCUACAGCUCGACUGCGGGCUAUCGUCUGCGCACAAACGACUUCCAGUUUCGGCCAGCGUCGCCGCCGAGGAACCACAAUGGAAAACGCAAGUCACUGAGGACGGAGACACGCUACUGCACCUGGCUAUUAUUCACGAAGCAAAGGAGUACAUUAGAAAAAUAAUCGAGCUGUCCAAGAACACGGACUUCCUCGAUGUCCAAAAUGACCAGCGACAGACACCUCUCCAUUUAGCAGUCAUAACAAACCAGUCAGAUGUGUGCCAGGGACUCCUUGCCAACGGCUGCGAUCCCACAUUGGUGGAUGACAGCGGCGACAUGCCCAUCCAUAUCGUCUGCCGCCAAGGAAACCUGUUGUGCUUCAGUGUCCUCACACAGUUUUGUCGUCCGGAGCAUCUGCAAACAAUGAUGGCAGCAUGCAACUACCAAGGUCAGAACUGCCUCCACUUGGCCUCAGUUCACGGUUUCCUCUCACUGGUGGAGAAUCUUGUGGAUCUGGGAGCUGAUGUUAACUCAAAGGAGCAGCGCAAUGGGCGCAGUGGGCUACACUUGGCCGUUGACCAGCAGAACCUGGCGUUGGUUAAAUUGUUGUUGAAAAAAGGAGCUGACGCCAAUCUCCUGACAUUUGGAGGCCACACCCCGUUCCACCUCACCUACGGUCGCGGCAACGACGACAUAAAAAAGGAACUCUUUUCAUUGACCCGUCCCGAUUUGAGGGAGCUCCCUGACAGCGAAUCGGAUGACAGCGACGAUGAGGAAGACGGAGAGUCAGACGAAGAGGUGGUUUAUGAUGACAUCCAGUGGAAUGGCCACUAGCUGCAAGAGAGGAAAUGUGACCCAGACGAUGAAGUUAUGAGAAAAGGUCAUGGCAUGUUUGCUACUAGCCUCAUAGUGUGGCUGAAGGCGUACAGACAUGGUGGAGGUCUUGUAACACAAACUGAGACGCUAACAGGCAGCUGUAGGAGCUUAUCAAACAGACUGGCAGCCGAAUGAACUAGCAGCACUGCGGGAGCUAACCAGAAGGCACCUUGUAAACAUGCGGCUUGUUUCUUAUGGCUGCCAAUCAUUCACAAAUUCAUCCACCCACACAAGCAGCUCUUGUAUGAUAUUGUAAAUGCUGUGUAUACAAAGAUGUAUUUUCUAUGGAAGCUGUGACUCUGUACAGUAUAAGUUUGUAAAUGUUUGACAGCAACACUCCAUUUAAAUUAAACGUUCAUAUUUAACAGUGAAAA